GACAUCUCUUGGAAUAAACACAUGCAGCGGGACUGCCGAGGUAUGUAUUGACACCAUUGGAAGCUUUCGAUGCGCCUGCAAGAAAGGUUAUGCCAGGAAUUCACAGCCAGUUUGUGAAGACAUAGACGAAUGCAGAUUGAAGAUAGAUAAAUGUGAACAUAAAUGUGUAAACAGACCUGGUUCAUACACCUGCCUGUGCCAACAAGGCUAUUACCUAUCCUAUGACGGAAGGACGUGCAUCAAAGUGACCAACCCGUGUCUUAAUCAAGCUAUUCAAUGUGACUAUGGAUGCAGUAUUGAUGCUAAUAACGUAGCUACUUGUUUUUGUGUCAGAGGUUAUACAUUAACUGGCAGCAACAAAUGUGCAGAUAUCAAUGAGUGCUUGUCAGACAGCGACAAUGAAUGUGGCACAAAAAGCAGUUGUCAGAACACAGAAGGCAGCUACACAUGCUCAUGCCCUGAAGGAUCAAUGCUAGAUAACAAUGAACGCACGUGUAUUGCUUGCAGCGGAGAAACCUGGGGCCCACAGUGCAGUCAUUCUUGUAGUUGUACAACAGGGUCAACCUACUGUGAUAUUAAGAUAGGAUGUGUAUGCAAGCCAGGAUACACAGGACAAUUCUGUGAAACUGACAUUGAUGAGUGCAAGACUAGUUUAAAAAAAUGUGGUUUCAAUGAGUUUUGCCAAAAUUUACCUGGAUCUGCUACAUGUGAAUGUAUUAAGGGAUUUUAUAGACAGUGGUCGACAUGUAACGAUAUCGAUGAAUGUUCUGCAUUAUCCCCAUGUGACAAAAACCUGGAAUAUUGUACAAACACUAUUGGUAGCUAUCGCUGCUCGUGUAACACAGGAUACAUUAAGAACUCACAAGGCAUAUGCACAGACAUAGAUGAAUGUGCAUUAUCUGCUACACUUUGUGACAAAAGUACAGAAAUGUGUGUAAACAAAAUAGGAAGUUACACUUGCGCCUGCAAAAAAGGGUAUGCAAGGAAAUUUGGUCGCUGCGAAGAAUGA